AUGGAGCACAUUUCACUGUGUGGCUAUGCAGCCUGGCCGAAUCGGAUUCUGAUUACCCUCGAUCUAAAGAAUAAGCGGGUGGUUGAGAUGAGGCAUUAUUCGAUCUAUGGCCACGAACUCCCGAUCUACCAACAGAGUUUCAUCGAUUCGACCGUGCAAGCUCUGGAUAGUAAGGCGGAUGAAGACGGGUUUGUGGCGCUCCAGGCUGUGCUGGUGGAGCAGGAUGGGAUCUUCCGGAUUUCAAAACAGCAUGUGUCAUCGCCGCCGGGAAGGUUGAAGAGGACGCCGCCGGCGGUUGGCUGGGAGUAUGUUUGGUAG